GCUCCUGUGCCGCCAUAACUCACGUUGAGGUACUCCGGAAACGCGAAUAUUAGUCAAAUAUCUGCUUGAACCAUGUCGAUCGGUGUUCCAAUCAAAGUGCUGCACGAGGCCGAGGGCCAUAUCGUUACCUGCGAGACGAUUACCGGCGAAGUUUACCGCGGAAAGCUGAUAGAAGCGGAGGAUAAUAUGAACUGCCAAAUGACACAGGUCACAGUCACCUACCGCGAUGGCCGGGUGUCGAAUCUGGAAAAUGUGUACAUCCGAGGCUCGAAGAUACGAUUCCUGAUACUUCCCGACAUGCUGAAAAACGCGCCGAUGUUCAAAAAGCAGGGUGCAAAGACCGGCACUGCUGGGCGCGGCAAAUCAGCUAUACUGCGAGCACAAGCUGCUCGUGGAAGAGGUCGCGGGGCGGGCGGUGGUGGAGGAGGCGGUCGUGGCGGUAACAAAGGCGGUUGGCAAGGCCAAGGACAACAAUCUUCCGGCCGUGGACGUGGAGGACUAUAGGAUUUUUCGGCAGAUCAUCGUAGGCUUAAGUUAUCGUUAAGCUUUUGGCUUAUUUUGGCAUAGGCAUGUUGUCUAACUGAACCCAAAAUGGAGCAUUACUCAUUGAUUCAUCAGAUGCUCGGCCAGAAAUGUAACAGAUUCCAGUAACGCUCUUAUGUACAAAAGUGUUCAAUCAGGACCAGGGGAAUUUUGAGCAAAUGAAAUAAGACCGCGACAACACACGGUAUUGUAGUACGUAUGUGCGUAUGCACCAAUUCAAUUACACCUUCAUAAUAAAUAAUACUACAAGAAAACUCUACUGUGAGCCUGUUCAGUUAA